GAGGAGCCGCGCGGCGACCAGCGCCGCAGCGUUAGAACUAGCGGCCGGUUGCGGUCUCUGGGACGUAGUACCUGUGCUCAGGCGCCUGGUGACCUUGGCCUCUGGCCCGCGAGUCCUAUCCCGGCAGCACAGGGCACCAGGCUCCGAUGCUGGUCUCUGGUAGAAGAAGGUGGCUCACGGCUCUGCUGCAGGCUCAGCGUUGGCCCUUUCAACCCUCCAGAGACAUGAGAUUGGUGCAGUUCCGGGCACCCCACCUGACGGGACCUCAUCUGGGCCUGGAGUCAGGGAAUGGUGGAGGUGUCAUCAACCUCAGCGCCUUUGACCCCACACUGCCCAAGACGAUGAUAGAGUUCCUGGGGCAGGGAGAGGCCGCUCUCUCAGUGGCAAAGAGAAAAUUGGGUGUAUCUCUACUGUGCAGUAAUAGGCAGCCAUACGAAAACGAGGAAGCUGUAUACUGUUAUGCUGCUGCAGGAUCUCCCCAGAGUGCCCCUCUCUCCUGCUCUGGUCUCUGCAGAGCCCUGGCUGCCCAGUUGCCAGUCCUACCACGGUCAGAAGUGACAUUCCUGGCUCCAGUUACACGGCCAGACAAGGUGGUGUGCGUGGGCAUGAACUAUGUGGACCACUGCAAAGAGCAGAACGUGCCUGUGCCCAAGGAGCCCAUCAUCUUCAGCAAGUUUUCCAGCUCCAUCGUGGGGCCCUACGACGAGGUCGUCCUCCCUCCUGAGAGUCAGGAGGUGGACUGGGAGGUGGAGCUGGCUGUGGUCAUUGGAAAGAAAGGCAAGCACAUCAAGGCCACAGAUGCCAUGGCCCAUGUGGCUGGCUUCACUGUGGCACAUGACGUGACUGCUCGUGACUGGCAAAUGAGACGCAAUGGAAAGCAGUGGCUGCUGGGAAAAACCUUUGACACCUUCUGCCCCCUGGGCCCUGCCUUGGUGACCAAGGACAGUGUAGCAGAUCCGCACAACUUAAAGAUCUGCUGCCGAGUGAAUGGGGAGGUGGUCCAGAGUAGCAGCACCAACCAGAUGGUGUUUAAGACAGAAGAGCUAAUAGCCUGGGUCUCCCAGUUCGUCACUCUUUUCCCAGGGGACGUCAUCCUGACCGGGACCCCCCCAGGUGUUGGUGUAUUCAGAAAACCUCCUGUCUUUCUCAAGAAGGGUGAUGAAGUCCAGUGUGAGAUCGAGCAACUAGGUGUCAUCGUCAACAAGGUGGUGUGACGGCCUCUACCGCGGGCCGUGGACUUACGACAAGGUGGGAGCAUCCGUUCCCACUGAGUCCAGCACAGGAAGAGGCGCAGUGCCAGCCCCCCUGAGUAGCUCCUCUUCGAGGUAGACGGGGAGGAGAUGGUGCUGUCCUCCUCAAUAAACUUCUUUUUGGCUUCCUUUA